UUCCUAGCGUGUGUACUCUUUUAGAACAGGCAUCAUUGCGGUGCAACGCACAAGUAUAUAUUUAUUCGGAGAAUUCUAAAUAAACAUUUGUGUAAACAAUAAGACCUGUAAACAGUUUUUUGAUACAUUAGAUGUAUUUAAAAAAAACAAAACGCGUUGGCUUGCAACAAAGUCUCCAAUAUGGGGGACAUUUUGAAAAUUCGUCUUUAAUUCUUUUCUGUUUAAAGUGAAGCAACUUAUGUACAUAGAACUUGCUCGUUCUUGUUGAUAUAAAUAGUUAAAACAUUCAAUAAGAUUAAAAUUUUACUGCUUAAACAGAUUUAUAUAUAUAUGUAUAUAAUAUAUACACACCAGAGUAUGUACUACAGAUGUACUCAUUAUAAGGUAUAUGCUCGGCUUCGCUGAUAAGAAUUGUCGGUAAAAUUAUUAGAAACCUGUGGGAAGUCUGACUUAAGGUGUUGAAGCGCAAUAACCAUGCGAAUUUUGGAAAACUAAAAACAUACGUCUACUUGCUUAGAAAUGCCUUUGUUUGGCAAAAAGGAUUCGGGCAAAAAAGCCAAGGCGAAGGACAUAAAGGAGCUCAAUAAGCAAGUGUCGAUUGAAGAGAAAUAUAAUCUUCACGGACUUCUUGGGACUGGAGCCUUUUCAGAAGUACGCCUAGCUGAAAGCAAAGAUCCGCCAGGAGAACACUUUGCAGUGAAAAUAAUCGAUAAGAAAGCUUUAAAGGGAAAGGAAGAAUCUCUGGAGAAUGAAAUUCGCGUUUUGAGAAGGUUCAGUGCAAAUCAUUUCGACGGCAAAUGUCCAAAUGGAACGCGGUUAACUCAUCCAAAUAUAGUGCAACUCUUGGAAACGUAUGAGGACAAGUCAAAGGUGUACCUCGUUAUGGAGUUGGUUACUGGUGGGGAACUCUUUGAUCGCAUUGUAGAAAAGGGAUCCUACACUGAAAAGGACGCUUCUCAUCUCAUAAGACAGAUACUAGAAGCGGUUGAUUAUAUGCAUGAGCAAGGUGUAGUUCAUCGUGAUCUUAAGCCGGAAAACUUACUCUACUAUAGUCCCGACGAUGAUAGCAAAAUAAUGAUUAGCGAUUUUGGUUUAUCUAAAAUGGAGGAUUCUGGAAUUAUGGCUACAGCAUGUGGAACUCCAGGAUAUGUAGCUCCUGAGGUGCUAGCGCAAAAACCGUAUGGAAAAGCCGUCGAUGUGUGGAGUAUUGGAGUGAUUUCAUACAUUCUCUUAUGCGGCUACCCUCCGUUUUAUGACGAAAAUGAUGCUAAUCUUUUCGCACAGAUUUUAAAAGGCGAUUUCGAAUUCGAUUCACCCUAUUGGGAUGAAAUAAGCGAGUCCGCAAAGCAUUUCAUUAAAAACCUUAUGUGCGUGACGGUUGAGAAGCGGUAUACUUGCAAGCAAGCACUUGCCCAUGCUUGGAUAUCAGGAAAUGAGGCCAGCAGCAGAAACAUUCACGGAACCGUGUCAGAGCAAUUAAAGAAAAACUUUGCAAAAUCUCGUUGGAAGCAAGCCUACUACGCCGCUACAGUGAUCCGCCAAAUGCAGCGAAUGGCGCUCAACAGCAAUAGCAGUGCUAAUUUUGAUUCUUGCAAUAGUAAUAACCAAAAAGACUCCGCAUCUCCAACGGCAGCAACUGGGGCGUGGACUUCUGAUGUUUUCUCAUCGCAGCAAUCUGCACAAAGUCAUGCACAAGAAGUCAGCAAGUCGGAAGGCAGCACAAAUGCAUCACAGUAGCAAAGUUGAUACUUAAAAUAUUGUUACAUAUAUGAUGUUUUAAAUUACAUUUUUGAAUUUUAACUAUUGUCUAGUCUAGUAAAUAUCUCGUACUUACGAUUCGGAUAAUUUUUCAUUUAAAAAUGCCAAACAAAUAUCAUAUGAUGUACAUGCGCGCCUGCACCGAUUUUAAUACUAACAUAAUACGCUGUUAGAAUUAUAAUUGACGAUUUACAUUUUGACGAAAAUUUCAUUAUUAAAGUCAAGUACUUACUCAAAACAA